UCUACCUAUAAUCAUCAUCAGCGAUCAGUCCUUGUGCCAGUCUACAUUUCUAUUCUCCCUUCUGGUUAUUCAUAAUUAUUUGAGUCGCCAAGAUGGUCAAGACUGUCAAACUUAGCCCAACCCACACUUGGUUGUACAUCAUCUCACAGGGGACUAUUUGGCGCAAUAUAUACUUUGUCAAUUCCUCUAUCAUUCAGACAUGUUUAAGGGGUAAAAAAGAUAUCGACCAUAUUUUUGAAACCCUGUAUAACGUUGCGGACAAGCGGACCUGGACCGUAGAGGACGACGUGAUUGAUCCCUUUGUGGCUCCAAUAACUCGCGAACGAGAUGCUGUGCAGGCAGUCUGGCUUUUUGAUCUUAACACGAAACACGUCCAAUGUCAUGUGCAAGGUUCAACUUACGAGGGGCAUUUGGAAUUCCUUCUCAGUCCCGACUUGAGUAUGCAGAACGGUAAAUAUGUAGUAGCUCAGCGUGCGCACCUGCUACGAACACCUACAACCAAUGUCCUAUAUAAACGCUGGACCAGUCACAUAUGCGCGAUAGAACGCCAGAGAUUUACUAUGAAGAUCCUCACACACUUUGGCUUGCAAUGGAAACACAUUCUCUGUGGGCGCUACAACCAUCUCACCUUCCGCAGACUGGCAACUGCGAUCAUUAAGAUCGUUGCCAUGGCCUUUCAGGUCGUCGAAGGUGUUCUUCCUGUCGAGCCUGGGAUUCGUGGUGAUGUCGCGGUCUGCGUGCAUGAACUCCCGAAAUGGAAACCUUUCCAAAAGUCUGUCAUACCGACUUGUGGUAUACCAGUCGUCAUCUGUCGUGAAGUACCAGCCGCUAUUCAGAUGAUCUACAGUUACAUCGGGAAAGGGGAGGUGGAUCAUAACUCAUAUCUGAUCUUGACAGUGCGGGAAGUCCUACUCUUCCAUUUGAGGGACAUGUUCGGCAUGCCUGGUGUAGUGAAAGUCACGUCUUUAUUCGACAAUGGCCAGUGGAUACCAAGCAGGAGCGGAAUAGAUCUUCUGCUUCAGGCUAUAACUGGACCCGAGUUGAUAAAUAAUGGAUGCUUAAAAAACCACCACCUAGACAGACAUCAAAUCGAAAACCUAAAAGUGCAAUCCCCGGUUGAGCAAGACGUGGCCCUCAAUUCAAUGUCGGGUGUACCACUUGAGCGGCGCCGACUUGCAGUUGCACUAGGAAUUGGUUUAAAAAACUAUGAUACAAUUGAACCCACUCGGUUAUACGAGGGCGAUGAAAAUGCAACGAAAGGCACUGUGGUUAAUCAGAUCUGGUUCGAAUGUUUCAGCGGUUUGGCAUACAUAGUCUGCCCGCGUAUUGUUGUGACGGACUAGAGCCCUGCACACAAAACCAACGAAGGGGACGAAGGUGAUAAAGCAGACAAGAGUGGUGAUACAGGCAACGAUCAUACCAAGCUGGCCCCGCCUGCUAGACAAUAGGGACACGGCAGAGAAAGUUGGUAAUGUAGAUGACGACGACAUGAAAGAGCUGAUGAAAUCAUCACUUUCUGGUUAUGUCUCCUAAGAUUAGUUGGAAUAUGAGGACUGGUGUUUCACCUGUCAAGGCAACAUUGUUAACACUGUUGAGCGGACCAACAAUGGUAACUGGAGAUUAUUAGCGGUCAAUAUGUUCUACAGAACUAGGAAAGCACUUUUUUUG